AUGCUUCCUCCAAUGUCUGAUCCUUUCCCUCGAAUGGGACAUUGCGAGUUCCUGGAAAUUGACAGAGACGACCUCGAUACGUCGACUCUGCACGCGCACGUGGUUGGCGAAAAUGCAAGACGCGGGAUACUCGUCGACCGGCAUCCCUGGGUAUCCGACACUUCUUCGAUUGACGCCGAAACUUUAUUGCAAGACCUCGGUCGGCUGGCGCCGACUGUUGCGAAAGACUUUGUGCCGAAAAGCAAGGCCGUGGAUGAUUUGGUGUUCCGCCUCAUCAAUGAUGUGGAGAAUAUCGCCGAGGAAGAGACGUCGUUUGUUGCGUUAAGUUAUUGCUGGAAGGAUGGGAGUAUGGUAUCUCCACGGAAGGAGGUUUCUCCUGUGGGUAACCUACCGUUUGGCUGGGUGAGAGAAGUGGAACAGUUUCCACUUCCUACCUCGCCUGCCAUGUUCCAGGCUGUGCUACGGGAGAGGCAAACUGAAAGCGAGGGACUAUGGUUUGAUCAGGUGUGCAUCAACCAGGACGACGAAGAAGAAAAGGCAGCCGCUAUUGGUGCAAUAGACACAAUCUAUAGGAACGCCAGAACAGUCGUCGUCGCACUCGAUGAUAUUGUGGCUGAUGAGAAAGAAGUCGCCUUUCUUCGACACUAUCUCGAUCAGUACACCUAUUCGAAUCUUCCAGUUUAUCAACAUCCGAAUAGAGGCCUUAAUCCACCCUUUAUGCAUGCUCAGAGCCCGUUCAGAUUAUUUUUCGAACGCAUUCUGAGCUCUACCUUCUUUGAGAGAGCGUGGUGCGGACAUGAGAUGAGAUUAGCCCGUAGCCAUGUGUUCUUGGUUCCUUGCCUUACCGGGGUGGAUGACGGUUCAUACUCCUUCAUACGCUUCACUGGUGCCUUCUUCCUCCACAUGCUUACACUCGCCAUGGAAAUCGUGAGCGUAUAUCCAAAACACCAGGCUAGAAAAAUAUCACUACAGCAACUCUUCAACCGCCGAGCCAAGAUGCAAGAGCGGGAAGUGCUGCUCGCAAGGAGUCCGGUUACGCCUCUAACUCCUAUGAUAGAACCCUUUACGUAUGUUACGGCUAUAGCAGAGACCUUCAAGAUGAAAGCAAAUGGAAGCCCUAGACUUCCAGAAUACCUUCGAAGGCUUGACGCGAAUCGGGACAAAACCUGCAUUGCACUGAAUGCUUCCGGUCUUCCUUUAGUUCUUAAGCCAGUCUCGCCACUUCAGAGACCUAGCAUAGAAGAUGAAUGUCUUCGCCAGCUUCUCCUAGUCGGCCUUGCAGCACGAGACCCCGUAUCUCUCUGCACGACCGGGCCGCCUCUUCAACUCCACGACGGCUCUGUAUCCUGGCUGGCUCGGCCUACAACACUUGAUAUUGUGUCAUCAUCACAAUCGCUGCCCCGUUUCAAACCUCCCACUACACAAAUCACGCAAGCUUCGGACGGCAGAGCAGAAUACGUCCAACUUGAUCUGGUAUUCCUAGAACUUCCGCACCGCGCAUACCCAAACCCUAAUUUCACAUCCCACGUCCAACGCGCGCGUACCAUCAUCGAUCUGUGCCUUCAAUUCACAAUCCCUAGUCACCCAACCUGGACAUCCUGGCAAAUUCCCAACCACACACGCGCCCCGUCUAUGAAGAACAUAUUUGUCCAAACCCUCGCUUGUUGUUUCGAAUGCGGGGCAAACUGGCUUCUCGAUCUGUCCACGCGGUACCAACCGAGUGCUCAAUCACUGUCGAGAGAAGUCGUAGACGUUUUCUGCAGCCCUCUGUUCCAAAUCCAGAAUUACGUCACUACGCCAGAAGGUCGUCAAAGCUUCACACUGCUGCUGAACUUCCUGAGUGUGUUGAUUACACAUGGUAUUCCCUGGGCAUCUUCUGCAACAGAACGUUCGCAUGGCCCGAUGGUUGUUACACUCCCAUCCACACACCCUUCUUCAUCUCCCUCCUCUAUCUCUACCUCUGCACCCAUCCCACACCCAAUCUCUGCCCCAACUCCCAACUCAUGUUUCUCCAAAGCAAUCAUCUUCGCUCCCUUCGAAUACUCAAAACAACUCCUUGUCGCCGUCCCGCAAGCCGUCAAAUCCACCGACUAUGACUCUCUAGCUCGAGGCUGGAUUCUAACGGCUAUGAACCCAUAUACAGGGAGUCCGCCGGGACCGGUCGUGAAUUGGACACUGCAGGGUAAGUCUAGAGUUUUUGGAGAUAGGGGGUUUAAUGCAGGAUUAGCGGAGGGGAAGGGACGCGGGGGGCAUAGGGUGUUUGGGCCACCGAGGGCAUUGGUGGGAGGGGGAGGGUAG